AUGGAGGGGUUAAGCUGCUCUUCCCCGAGCGCCGGCGACCUGACGUCGUACGGUGGCGCGACCCGACCCGUGAAAAUAAUCCAGCUGCAGCACCCGACCACGUCCGGCUCAACCGCGCCAUAUUCCAAAUUUUGGGGUAAAUGGACGGCGAGGAUGAAGCGGAUGACGAGGACGGAAUGGAUUCAGCUCUUCUUACCCUGCCACCGUUGGAUUAGCAACUACAAAUGGCGCGAAUAUCUGCAAGCCGACCUUAUGGCCGGCAUGACCGUCGGCGUCAUGCUUGUCCCUCAGUCCAUGUCGUAUGCGAAGCUAGCUGGGUUGCACCCUAUAUAUGGACUAUACUCUGGUUUUGUACCUAUAUUUGUGUAUGCCAUAUUCGGGUCGUCUCGCCAGCUUGCAAUCGGGCCUGUUGCAUUGACCUCUCUCCUGGUGUCUAAUGUACUGAGCAGCAUAGUUGAUUCAUCAGAGCAGUUGUAUACAGAGCUUGCGAUACUAUUGGCACUUAUGGUUGGUGUUUUGGAAUGCAUCAUGGGACUUUUGAGGCUUGGGUGGCUUAUUCGAUUCAUCAGUCAUUCUGUGAUUUCCGGUUUUACGACUGCUUCAGCCAUUGUAAUUGCGCUAUCUCAGGCGAAAUAUUUCUUGGGUUAUGAUAUAGAACGUAGCAGCAAAAUUAUUCCACUAGCAAGAAGCAUUAUUAUAGGAGCAGAUAAGUUCUCAUGGCCACCUUUUCUCAUGGGCUCCACUAUAUUAGUUAUUCUUCUAACCAUGAAGCAUCUGGGGAAGUCCAGAAAGUCCUUGCGCUUUUUACGAGCAUCUGGUCCCCUUACAGCUGUAGUUCUGGGUACGAUCUUUGUGAAAGUGUAUCAUCCAUCUUCAAUUUCAUUGGUUGGUGAAAUACCUCAGGGGUUGCCAAAGUUUUCUUUCCCAAAGGAAUUUGAGCACGUAAAGUCGUUGAUUCCAACAACAGCUCUUAUUACUGGUGUGGCUAUUUUGGAAUCUGUGGGCAUUGCCAAAGCACUUGCCGCGAAGAAUGGAUAUGAGUUGGACUCCAAUCAAGAGUUAUUUGGACUUGGUGUUGCAAAUAUCGCUGGUUCUUUCUUUUCUGUGUACCCCACGACUGGAUCAUUUUCUAGAUCAGCCGUGAAUCAUGAAAGUGGAGCCAAAACUGGAUUAUCCGGAAUAGUUAUGGGCGUUAUUAUGGGCUGUGCGCUACAAUUCAUGACCCCAUUGUUUGAGCAAAUACCCCAGUGUGUUCUUGCUGCAAUUGUGAUUUCUGCUGUUAUUGGACUGGUGGAUUAUGAUGAAGCUACUUUUUUAUGGCGUGUGGAUAGAAGAGAUUUUCUCCUCUGGAUCAUUACUUGCAUGGUUACCUUAUUCCUUGGCAUUGAGAUUGGUGUCCUUGUUGGUGUUGGUGUUUCACUUGCUUUUGUCAUCCAUGAAUCAGCUAAUCCACACAUUGCAAUCUUGGGUCGUCUGCCUGGCACGACUGUGUAUAGAAACAUCCAGCAGUAUCCAGAAACAUAUACAUACAAUGGAAUAGUGAUUGUUCGGAUUGAUGCGCCAAUAUAUUUUGCGAAUAUAAGUUACAUCAAAGACAGGCUCCGUGAAUACGAAAUUGAACCUGAUGGAUCUUUCAAACGUGGACCUGGAGUUACGAGAGUUCAUUUUGUCAUUAUCGAGAUGGCUCCCAUCACUUACAUAGACUCCAGUGCAGUUCAAGCUUUGAAAGACUUGCAUCAAGAAUACAAGUCAAGGAACAUUCAGAUUGCCAUUUCCAAUCCCAACCGAGACGUUCUUCUGACCCUAACAAAAUCUGGGGUGGUCAACCUGAUAGGCAGGGAAUGGUAUUUUGUUCGAGUACAUGAUGCAGUUCAAGUUUGCCUUCAACGUGUUCAGGCUUUAAACGGGUCUCCUAGUUCACAAUUUUCACUGCUGGAAAGUACACCGGGCCUCACCCAAAGACCACCGAGACACAAAGUAGAGGAUUCUCUCUCCCUGUUGGAGUCGGGUAACUUCAUGUCUAAAGAUGACAUCAGCAGUAGCCAUCUCGAACCACUACUGUCGAAGGACACAUUAGGAAAGUGA